CGUCCCUUAAGCGCGGCACUCUACGGAGUGCCUCGUCGCCGUACUCGGCCAACGUAUCGUCACCGUCCAAGAUCCCGACCGUACUGAGGUAAGCUUGUAAGGCGCAUUCUUUCCACAACCACCCACGGGUGCUCGAUUGCUGGCUAUCUGAGCGAAGCCUCCUCCGUCCUAAUUUCCCUGGUGCACUGGCAAAACUGAGCAGUUCGCUCCUCGAUGCCUGCACCGUCGCACGUCAAGUUGCACUCAUCAGCUGGCAGAUUUGUGACCGUUAGGCCAACGUCCGUCAGGACAAGCAUCUAUUCAUACGUGGUCUCCACGGACUGUUGGUAGUGGACCGAUAUGUGAGAGCCGCACCUUGUCGAGACAAAUGGUACACUGGACUGCGGAUGCGUAUGCAACUGAAUUUGGCUCAUGAGCCAUGAGUCGUCAUGGGUCUAGCUCCUCAUGCUAAGCCUUUGAGGAUCGGCCAUGAUUUGCCUCCGGACGCGGGCUUUCCUGAGAAGCCUAGCACGCUUGUAUUGGUGCCAAGACUGGCCACGCAGAAGCAAAGCUGUUGCUGUUUGCUGACAGCGCGCACACAUCAUCAUGUUCGCGAUGGGGGUUCUUUUGAUUCACGUUACCGCUUGAAGAUCCUCCGAGCCGCGCUGUGUUUCUUUCCCACGGUGCUUUGCGGGUACCAGCGACACGACAACGGUCUCAAGCUUGGCCGGGAGAAAGCGGCAAUGUGGAUGAUUGGCAACGGACUGUUUAGACGGGUGAGACAUGCCGUGCUAGUGCGACCGCCGGCCAGCUACACCAGAACAUUAACAUUGACAUUGACAUUGCCUGUCAUUUCUGGCGAUUCUCUCUAUCAGUCAGUUCGUGUCUGCGACUUUGCAUUAGAAUGGAAGCGCCCGUCUAAUUCCGGUGGGCGAUAUGCAACGCAUCAACUCCACUGCAUUUCGUUCCACUUCAAAGCUUGCCCUUAUGGAAUCCGUCCCGCAGAUAAUGGUGGGAUAGUGUAUCGUGUGCCUCGUCUGCAUCGCGGGCGAAUGCCUCGUAUCAUGUAUGUGCUUGGCCAGAGGUGCACGGAGGCUUUUCGGCGGAAGGGCGGCGGAGCCUAUCAAAAAACCUAG